AUGGCCGUCGACGUCUUUUCAGUCCCGGUCUUCCUCAUCGUCUUUCGAGAGUCGCUCGAGACUGUGAUCAUCGUCGCAGUUCUUCUAGCGUUCUUGAAGCAGACCUUGGACGGCCCCAACCAAGACAAGCAAGUAUACAAGAAACUUGUUCGCCAGGUAUGGUUUGGAGUCGGGGCUGGUCUGUUCAUUUGCCUGGUCGUCGCUGGCGGUCUCAUUGGCGCCUUCUACACCGUCGGCGUCAACAACUGGGAAUCAACUGAGAUGAACUACGAAGGAGCUUUCAGUCUGAUCGCCAGCGUCAUCAUCUCGGUCGUCGGCGCUGCGCUGCUUCGCAUCGGCAAAAUGCAAGAGAAGUGGCGUGUCAAGCUGGCCGAAGCUCUCGAGGCUCCUGUCGGCAAGAAGAUCGGCAAGAUCGCCUGGGUGAGGCGCAUUCUCGAGAAAUACGCCAUCUUCAUCCUGCCCUUCAUCACCGUCCUGCGAGAAGGCAUCGAGGCAAUCAUCUUCGUUGCCGGAGUCACAUUCGGAGUCUCGGCCAAGUCCGUACCGCUGCCGGUCGUGGUCGGACUCAUCUUUGGCAUCUUUGUCGGCUAUCUGCUCUACAAGGGUGGUGCCACCGCCAAGCUCCAGUGGUUCCUGGUCUUCUCGACCUGCCUUUUGUACCUUGUCGGUGCCGGCCUGUUCUCUCGCUCGGUGUGGUACUUCGAGCAGCAGAAGUGGAACGACGUCAUUGGCGGCGACGCUGCCGAGCUGGGCAAUGGACCAGGAUCGUAUGACAUCAGCAAGAGCGUCUGGCACGUCAACUGCUGCAGCCCGGAGCUCAACGGCGGACAGGGAGGUUGGGGAAUCUUCAACGCGAUUCUCGGCUGGCAGAACUCGGCCACCUAUGGCUCCGUCAUCUCGUACAAUGUGUACUGGAUUGUCGUCAUCAGUGGCUUCGUCUUGAUGCGUUUCAAGGAGGUCAAGGGCCACUACCCCUUCAUGGCCCCGAAGAACGGAGUGCAGAGACAAAAGUCGCCCAGCAAUGACAGUGCGAACAGUGCUGGUGGCGUACAAACUAAGAAUGGCGUGGCAGAGAAGACUGUCACGGCGUAG